CAGCCUCUCUCAGCGCCGAGAGGGGGAAGUAGGAGAAGGGGCUGGUUGUGUAUACGGCGCUUGCGCAAUGAGCGGCUUCUCUCUGACUGGCUACUGGCCGCUGCCGCCAUUUUGCUUUGAGCCGGACGGAGUUCGUCAAGAUUUGCUGUUCGCUCCAGUGCUGAGGCCCAGCCCGCCGCCUCCUCCGUGUCCUCUCACGCACUUUCCACUGGAGAACCCCGGGAGCCCUACAGAUAUGGAGGAUGACGGACAGCCCCGGACUCUAUAUGUAGGCAACCUCUCUAGAGAUGUAACAGAAGUUCUGAUUCUUCAGUUGUUCAGUCAGAUCGGCCCCUGUAAAAGCUGUAAAAUGAUAACUGAGCAAACUGAUGGCAGAAGGGUCGGAGCGUCUGUUAGCUUCCCCGUGUUGCCCAACGCUAACAAUGAUCCUUAUUGCUUUGUGGAAUUUUAUGAACACAGAGAUGCAGCUGCUGCAUUAGCAGCCAUGAAUGGACGAAAAAUACUUGGAAAAGAAGUAAAAGUAAAUUGGGCUACAACACCAAGUAGCCAGAAAAAAGAUACUUCCAACCAUUUCCAUGUUUUUGUUGGCGAUCUAAGUCCAGAAAUUACCACAGAAGACAUUAAAUCUGCAUUUGCUCCAUUUGGUAAAAUAUCUGACGCUCGAGUUGUGAAGGACAUGGCGACCAGCAAAUCCAAAGGCUAUGGAUUUGUGUCAUUCUACAACAAAUUGGAUGCCGAGAAUGCCAUUGUACAUAUGGGAGGUCAGUGGUUAGGAGGAAGACAAAUCCGAACUAAUUGGGCAACACGCAAACCUCCUGCACCCAAAAGCACACAAGAAAAUAACACAAAACAAUUACGGUUUGAUGAUGUUGUGAAUCAGUCCAGUGCUAAAAAUUGCACUGUUUACUGUGGAGGAAUCGGGUCAGGUUUAACAGAGCAACUCAUGCGUCAAACAUUUGGUGUAUUUGGACAGAUUUUGGAAAUCCGUGUGUUUCCAGAGAAGGGUUACUCUUUUAUUAGGUUUUCAACUCACGAUAGUGCUGCACAUGCAAUAGUGUCUGUAAAUGGAACCACCAUAGAAGGGCACGUUGUAAAAUGUUACUGGGGCAAAGAGACCCCCGACAUGACUAAAAACUUUCAGCAGGUGGAUUACAGUCAGUGGGGGCAGUGGGGCCAAAUGUAUGGGAGUCCCCAGCAAUAUGGACAGUAUGUGACAAAUGGCUGGCAGGUGCCCUCCUAUGGCGUAUAUGGGCAAGCAUGGAAUCAGCAAAGCUUUGGAGUGGAUCAAUCUCCAUCAACGGCUUGGGUUGGUGGCUUCAGUGCCCAGCCGCCGCCUCAGGGUCAGGCCCCACCAGUAAUACCCAAUCCACCAGGGUACAGCAUGGCCAGUUACCAAACACAGUGAAACAGGACUAUGUUACACUGCUCAUUGGCUGAUUCAACAUGACUAGUUUAAAAAAAAAAAAAUUUCAAUUAAAAAGACACACUUUGGCCUAAUGUUGGUAUGAAUGGAUUGCGCAGGACGAAAGAAGAAAUCCAUCAAAGCAAACGUUUAUAAUAUUUAUUUGAAGCUGAAACUGUUCUAAAGGUCCCCAUAGAUGCAAAGAUUUUUCUUUGGUAAACGACCGAUUUUAGUGCAAUCCCACCAAUCCGUCAAAUUAUCGUGAAUCGUAUUGUACAUUUUACGACUUUUCGUCCGUCAUCGGUCAGAAUAUUGAUCGGCCAGGUUAGAAAAUUUUCAUCGGUCACAGUAAAAAUCUAUAUGUUUGCAGGGUCAAGCAAGCGGCUCCCCUGGCUUCAACCAGACAACAUCGCUUGAAAUGGUCUUUUUAGUUGAUGGACAAAUCGUACAAUUAAAUGAUAGUUUCAAGAUAAUCUUGGUCUCACGAUAACGAAAAGAUCUUUUAAAAAUCUUUACAUCUAUGGCCAGCUUAAGACCGUUCAGUUUUGGUGAAGGACAACCAUCUGCCUUUUAACGGAAACAUUUCCUUCCCCAUUUUUGUUGAGGACUGAUAAGGAUAAAUUGUUUACUUUUUCCUCGUUAGUCGUCAACGUGAAGACCCAGCACAAACGAGCAGACGUGGUAAAGGGACAGGGCUUGUUACCAUUUUUGAAGGUGUUCCUGAUUAAUGUGGAUCUCCUCUCCAUUUAGCCGUUUCCUUACAUACGUUCUAGGAAGAGAUGAGUCGGACUUCAUAGGUUUCAACAAAAACAAAAAACACACAUGCUGAAAUUAAAUAUGGUAGGUACAUUUGUCUCUCACAUUGUUCUGGUGGCAGGUCCCUUAUAGCAAAUAAGGGAAUAAGUGCAGCUCACCAAAAUUAUUCCACGGCUUAUCCUGUGUUAGAUAUCCCGAAUUAAUGUAUCAGUAAUGCGAAUUGUUUGUUACACUUGACAAAGAGUAUAGCCCGAAACAUGUUGUGUAACUCUGCUUCCCAAUAAAGAAUAUUGCAGUCAAGUUUGCUGCCCUGGAUUUGCUCCACAACAAUUCGCAUUACUGAUGCAGGUCCCUUAUAGGGCAGGCUAUUGGCUUCCCAAAA